AUGGAAGCGAACGUUUCUCAACAAGCAUAUACUUCAAUGAUGAAAUUUACUAUUGAUGGUCGUCCUUUCUUAAAGGAUAUUCACGAUCUGUUUGCAGCACUGAUUGUCCAAAUGCCCAUUGACACACAUCGAUACCUCUUCAGAAACUACUACAAUACCUUUUCUUCAGAUGAUGCCAUUCAAGCCUUAGGCAAUUUACGAUUUUCUCAUACUGUACGUACUCCUGACCCCAACGAUCCCUCGCGUCUCCAACGAACAACGACAACGACUACAUUCAACAUGUCUCGAGAUAUGGCCAAGACACUGUGUCAACAAUUCCAAAACUGCCGCUUGAUGGAAAAUGCUGUCGAUCCUCAAAACAGGACCUUCCGUGACAAGGGUAUAUGGCAUCUCACUCCUAAAGGACUAUGUAUACUGCAAGACUUUUGCAUACGUACAGAGGUCAACGUUACUACAUUAAGGAAGCAUUUUAGUCAUAUGGAAGCUAUUCAUCUUGCACGAUUAGAACGUAGUCCUGAUGAUGAUCAGCUCAUUCUCAAUCGGGCUACUGUAUCUGUCAUCUUCCGUGUCAUGAUGACCUCCUUACCACUAGAUGGAGAAUUGACAAGUUCGGGCAAUGCAAGUUCUGUCUCCGUGUCUCGACAAGCCAAUAGCAGUAGUGGUACAACACCUCCUUCAUCCACAACCUCGUCCGUAUCUUCGGCUAACUCAACAUCCUCACCAUCUCUAAGUGCUCCCUUUGCCAUGUCUGCUUCAGUGGCCGGUAGCGACUCUAGGGUACAGUUACUUGGAAACUAUCUACUGACGCUCUCCAAAUCAAGCAAAAACUUACCCAAAACAGUCAAGACGAUGCGCACGGUAUUCUCAUCCCAGAUGUGCUGCGACUGGCUUCUGGACUAUUGCACUACCUCAUGUCGAGAAGAAGCAGAAGUUAUUGCCAACGAAUUUUUAAAAUAUGGGUGGAUAGAGUACCAGGACCCCAAGCACAGCACAAAGGAUGCACCAUUGAAGGCUUCCAAGGCAGUGAUGUUUGUCGUGACCGAUAAGGGAAAACAGGUUGUGUCAGAGCCCACCAGCAAACUGCCCUCGAUGACACCAGCGACCUCUCCUCCUCCGCCUGUACCACAGCCACCGCAACAAGCAUUGUUGGAUAAAUCAAAAAUUAAUCCCACAGGCGAGGAACAAGCAACCUUAAAAGAAAUUUUAUCACAGGACCCCGAUUCAUUAAUGAUCACACAAUCAUUAACUACCACAAGUGAGGAUGCCUCUGGCGAUCAAGAGAACGAUGAACAGGGUUCCUCACGUCCGUCAAGUAUUGCUGUUGAUAACAAUGUAAAUAUUCAAGUGGAUCAUAAAGAAAGUAACUCGGCUAGACUCAAGAUUAUCCUUGAAAACGCCAAACUUCGUUCUCCCUUUAAAGAUUUCCUGCGUGCCAAUUUCUGUGAAGAAAACUUGGACUUUUGGAUUGACUAUAAUACGUUAAGGAGGAAAUGUCGUAACCAGAGCCCUGCACUUCCCUCUCAAAACCAAAAGGAUCUCCUGGAAGACGCCUAUGAUAUCUGGUCCACUUAUCUUGCUCCUGGCUCCUCAUGCGAACUCAACGUGGAACACUCACUUUGUCAAGAGAUGGCUAGGAUAGUCAAUUCCGUUGUCACUGUCGUACCCGCUUAUCCCGGACAAGGAAAGCCGACGAUUCUGAUCACCGCUGCAUCUGCUUCCCAGAGUUUACGCAUGAUGUUGAAACUAUUUGAUAGAGUGAAUGAACACAUCUGUCGUUUGAUGGCAUCUGAUUCUGUUCCUAAAUUUGUUAAAACUGAAAAAUAUCGCAAGAUCAUUGAUGCUAUUGAAAAGAGUGAACGUAAGAAGCAAAAGGACGAUCUGGACUCAAAUGACUUGUUCUAUUCAACUGGUUCUUCUACAACCAAUGGUGAUGUUGAAACUCAAGCUUAA